AUGCAGCCAUCGUACCGCCCCUUUCCUCAGCAGGCGCCCCAGCGGUCCCCCCAUGCGCAGGCUACAAGGAGAGGAAUUGGGCCCAUGAUUUCUGGAUCGCAUCCGCAAAAUUCGUUGACUCCGGCUCAGAUGCAGGCUCAACAAGCCGCCCAGCUCCAGGCGAACGAUCGCGCGAGGACUCGCAGCCGAAAGCCAACGGACAAGAACAUCCCGGAAGGCGUUGAGGAGUGUGUUAUUGGAGAUGGAGUGCAACGGUACAGAGACCUCCGGGAGCUGGAGCGCCGUCUCGAUUCUACGAUGAUGAGAAAGAGGCUAGAUAUUCAAGAUUCCGUCAAUCGAAAUGUUAAGCGUUAUCGAACUCUUCGAAUCUGGAUCAGCAACACAGUGGAGGACCAGCCAUGGCAAGCCGACACCCUCGAUGUUGAUGCAUUCGAUUUCAGCACGAACAUGGACUCCUCCUAUCGAGUAAAGAUUGAAGGAAGAUUAAUGGGCGAGGAAGAGGGCGACAUUGAUAGCGAGGACAGCGAGGACGAGGAUGAAGAUAUGAAUGGUGACGCUAUGGACGAAGACGGAAAAAAGAAGCCAGAGAAGACACCAAAAACUCCAGCGAAGCAGUACAAACUGUCGCAUUUCUUCAAGACGAUGACAGUCGAGUUCGAUAGAAGUAAGGGCAAGGAGGGCGCAGACCAGAGUGUUGAAUGGAAAAAACCUGUCGUUGCACCGAAUGCCGCCAAUCUUCCAAAUGCCGCCGAUUUCGACCAGUUGGAGUUCAAGAGAGGAGGUGACGAGAAUACCAACAUCACCAUCAACCUUUUCCGAGAUGAGAACCCGGAGAGGUUCCAAUUAAGGCCUGCACUUGCAGAUAUCCUGGACACGGACGUUGCCACACGGGCAGAGGCGGUGAUGGGUGUCUGGGAGUACAUCAAGGCCAUGGGACUACAAGAGGAUGACGAAAAGAGGUCGUUUGACUGUGAUGAUCGACUCCGAGCACUCCUUCAACGGGACAAGGGCUACAUCCCACUCCUCACCGAGGCAAUUGUUUCACAUAUAAACCCUCUACCACCGGUCAAGCUCCCAUACACCAUCCGCGUCGAUAAAGACUUUCAUGAAGACCCACAGCCAACGAUCUACGACAUACGAGUCCAGGUUGAUGAUCCUCUGCGAACUGCUCUCGCCUCCUAUAUUGUCAACCCCGCCAACGCUACCAGCCUCCGCCAAAUCAAUGCUCAUAAUGAGCAGCUUGCGAUCCUGGUGCAGAAGAUAACCAAUUCGAAAUCGAAGCAUACGUUCUUUGAUGCGUUAUCGAAGAAUCCCACCGAAUUCAUUGCCAAAUGGUUGAGCUCGCAAAAGAGAGAUCUCGAAGUAAUCUCUGGUGAGGCCACCAGAGGUGGUGGGGAGGACGCGAGCGGAGACGAGUGGAGACGUGGCGGAAAGGAGAGCAUCUGGGCUAGUGACAAUGUCCGAGAAAGCGUUAAUUUGUUGGUUGGGCGCCCAAAGGUUUAG